AAAGCAAAGACUAAGAACAUAAUCAAAUGCCAAUAUACCACCGCGGCCACUAUUACUCUCUACCUAAUCGCACUACGGAGAGGAGACAGAGAGAGAGACACAAACACAGAUAAGAGAGAGAGAGAGAGAGAGAGAGAGAGAGAGAGGGUGCUUUGGUUGGUGCUUCUGCUUACUCGCCAUCCGGUAUCCGUUCAAAACCCUAGCUUCAGAUCUUGGCGAUUCUCAGCCCGAGUGUUCACUCUUCGAUCUCCGAAUCUGCGCGGAUUGGAACUCGGCGCCGACUGCCCGACUCUAUGGGUGGGUAUUGGGGCGAUUGGCUGGCUUGAGAUGUUGAGCAUUUGGAGUAGUGACUGCUCGAUCGAGGACACUCUACAUGUCCUUACUGCAGCAUUCAUAUUAGUAUGUGAAAAAUGUCAGCUUCUUUGGCGGCUCUCGAGCGUCCCAGAAUCGGAGCUUCAAACACGGUUUUCAAGAGCGGGCCACUUUUCAUAUCUUCAAAAGGAAUAGGUUGGAAGUCUUGGAAGAAGCGUUGGUUUAUCCUCACUCGCACUUCUUUGGUUUUCUUCAAAAAUGAUCCUAGUGCACUUCCGCAAAGAGGCGGUGAAGUAAAUCUGACCUUGGGGGGUAUUGACUUAAACAAUUCUGGGAGUGUUGUUGUGAGAGAGGAUAAAAAACUCUUAACUGUACUGUUUCCUGAUGGACGUGAUGGGCGAGCAUUCACUCUUAAGGCUGAGUCAUCAGAGGAUUUGUAUGAGUGGAAGACUGCCUUGGAACAUGCUCUUGCGCAAGCACCAAGUGCUGCCCUCGUCAUGGGACACAAUGGAAUUUUCCGGAAUGACACAAGUGAUACAAUUGAAGGGUCUUUCCAUCAAUGGAGGGAUAAGCGCCCUGUUAAAUCUUUAGUUGUUGGACGACCAAUUUUGCUUGCACUAGAAGAUAUAGAUGGUGGCCCAUCUUUCCUUGAGAAAGCGCUUCAAUUUCUUGAGAAGUACGCAGCAACUAAAGUAGAAGGAAUUUUGCGCGAGGCUGCUGAUGUUGAGGAGGUAGAACGUAGAGUUCAAGAAUAUGAGCAAGGCAAAAUUGAAUUUGGUUAUGAUGAGGAUCCUCAUGUUGUUGGUGACUGUGUUAAGCAUGUUCUUCGGGAACUACCUUCAUCUCCUGUUCCAGCAUCCUGCUGCACUGCCUUGUUGGAAGCAUAUAGAAUUGAUCGGAAGGAAGCUCGUGUUAAUGCGAUGCGCUCUGCUAUAUUGGAGACUUUUCCUGAACCAAAUCGGCGCUUAUUGCAGAGAAUUCUGAAGAUGAUGCAUACAAUUUCUUCUCAUGCUUCUGAGAAUAGGAUGACUCCAUCUGCUGUUGCUGCUUGCAUGGCACCCUUGCUCUUACGUCCUCUUUUGGCUGGUGAAUGUGAAUUGGAGGAUGAUUUUGAUGUGAGUGGGGAUAAUUCUGCUCAGCUUCUGGCAGCUGCAAAUGCUGCAAAUAAUGCUCAAGCCAUAAUCACAACUCUUUUGGAGGAGUAUGAGAACAUAUUCGAUGAUGAAAAUCAACAUAGAUGCUCUAUUUCAGCUGAUUCUCGGAUUGAAAACGGUGCGAGUGAAGAUUCAACAGAUGAAGACAAUUUGGAUAUGAAAGAUAAUGGUUUUCAUGAUGCAGAAAAUGAAGUUGAUCCGGAGACAGAUGAUGAUCCUGAACGUGUACUCAGUGGAAAAUCAAGUGAAAGCAGCUGUUAUGUUGGUAGCGAUCUUUAUGACUAUAAGGCAUUUGGGGGUGAUGAUAUAGACAUUGGAUCCCCUAGAACAAAUUUUACUUCGGGAGUGAAUACAGAUUUACUCAUCGAUCCUCAACCAAUUAGAGAUUCCAAUGUUCAUUUUAUAGAGCAACUAGCUAAACAAAAGAAAGGAUCUGAAAAUUCAGUUAAUGAGAUGGAAAUGCCUAGUACUUUACCUACUGGCGAAUCUCACCGAUCAAUGGGGGAAAUUCUAUCUUCGAUGGAACAAGGCAUUGCUUUACCUGGCCCUGGACCUGAAUCUUCUGCAGAAAAGCCUAUGGGCAAGCAAAUGAGCUCCAGCUUCAGUGCAAAGCGAUCAUCAUUUUGGGGAAGAACAGCUGCAAGGAAGACACCCUCAAUGGAGUCAAUUGAUUCUUCUGGGGAAGAAGAACUUGCUAUUCAAAGGCUUGAGAUUACAAAAAAUGACUUGCGACAUAGGAUUGCAAAGGAGGCUAGAGGAAAUGCAAUUUUACAAGCUAGCUUGGAGAGAAGAAAGCAAGCUUUGCACGAGCGACGCUUGGCACUUGAGCAAGAUGUUUCAAGACUGCAGGAGCAGUUGCAAGCUGAAAGAGAUCUUAGAGCUGCAUUAGAGGUUGGUCUUAGUAUGUCGUCUGGACAAUUUUCCAGUUCGCACAGUAUGGAUUCCAAGACGAGGGCCGAGCUUGAAGAGAUUGCUCUUGCUGAGGCAGAUGUGGCCAGAUUGAAGCAGAAAGUUGCAGAACUGCACCAUCAACUUAAUCAGCAACGACAGCAUCACUAUGGUUCCCUUUCUGAUGCAUCUGACCGCCAUCAACAUGCACAAAAUCAUAAUUCUCAACAGAAAUUUCUUCAGCAAGAUUUUGACACAAGCCUUGCUUACUGUAAUCAUGAGAGGAAACAAAGAACUGAGGAGAGCUUACUGGGGGCCGAUUGGAGGAAUCUUAAGGGACAAGUAUUAGCAUCUGGCAGCAGUGGCAGGCAGCCUGCUAGGAAGCAAUUUAUGGAUUCAACAGGCCUCAGUGAUUCCAAAAGUACUGGGGCAUCUACGAUUGUUUCAAUGGAUGAGCUUUGUGGUGUUGAUUCUGCUUCAGUGCCAUCCACUUCAAGGGUGGUGGAGCUCUUUUUCUGAUUGAUUUCCAAAAAUUCCUGUACUGGAAUUUCUCAUAUGGUAGCAGGUCAUGGAUUAUCCUAGGCAUCCAUCAGCAGCAUCUUCUGCUUUGGUAGAAUUGACAACACGCCUCGACUUCUUCAAGGAACGGCGCUCUCAACUCAUGGAGCAGCUCCACAACCUUGAUUUGAAUUAUGGCUCAGCAUCAUCACAAGACUUUGCCUAUAAACCAUCCUCUCCCCCAUGGAGCUGACUUGCUGAAGAGGCAAAGAGAGAGAUGCACAUCUUGCCAUUUGUAUAUCCCUCGUUAGUUGCUGCCAUUGCAUAUAUCUGUAUUCCUUGUAAUUCUGUGUAACUAUGUUUAAUAAUAUCUUUUUUCUUCAGCGCCUUUUGCUGAGUAUGUGAUUGGAUUUCUGUGAGGAAGCAUUAGUUUUUUUUCCUUUAUUUUUGGGAGGGUUGGGGUCACGAAUCAGUGUAAGCAUUUGAAGUAUUCCUGGCAUCAUAAACAAUAGAAAUGUAUUCCUCGUAUCAUAAUUUGUGAGGUUGUCUUGUUGAGCAGACAUCUCGAAGGGAAUGCUACUUUAUAAAAAGAAGGAAAAAAAAAAAUCUCUCUUAGUUAUA